AUGAAUAAUUACAGCAGAUUCUUUGAUAAGGUCAGAAUAUUAACACCAAAAGAAAUAGAUCAACUUAUUGAAGAAGCAAAGUCGGCCAUUGAAAAAAUUCAUCAAUUUGUUGUUUUUUAUUCUGAUGAUAAGAAUAAAUUUGCUUCAGCAUUCAAAGUUAAGCAGCAAUUCAUGGAAUUGGCUCAACUUGUUUCAUUGAUUGAGUCUAAAACGUAUUCAAUCAAGAAUAUGGUCUCAUUUAACGAUAAUUUGACUGUUGAAUCAGUUUCAACAAAAUGUGAUGAAUAUUUGAAAGCUGCAAAGACAGCAGUUUCAUUCUCUCCUCAAAUUCAAUUAAUUUCGAAUAAUUAUGAAAAAUUAAUUUCAAAUAUGAAAGAAUUGAAAGAGGAUAUGCAGGAUGCCAUUGAAAACAUCGAACAGAUAAGAAAAGAAAGCUCUUCUCAAGAUUCCAAUCAAAAUAUGGCAGGAAAUAUCGAAUCUCGAAUUAGACAAGUAGAAGAUGGAAUCGCUAUUUGUAAUGCAUUACAUAGAGCCCAAAAUCAAGAUUAUUCUUCUGAAUUAAAAGAUAUCAAAAAUUUAUUUUCUCAAUUUGCAAAGAGAAUUUCAGCUCCCAACGAUGUUCCAACCGGUUUACUCAAUAACAUGAUAAAACAAACAAUGAAAUCACAAUUAUCCGAGAAAAUUGAAGAAACCGAGUUUGAUUACGCGAAAAUUCUUGCAGAACGCAGUUCAAAGAGCAUUGGAAAGGCAGCUGUUGAUAAAUCCAAGGAAAUUGCAGUCAAUUUUGCAGCUCAUACACCAGAAAAAAUUGAUUUUUCUAAAUCAAUGUUACAAACAGAACAAAACAUUAAGAAACACAUUGACAAAUUGAACAAGCAAUCUGCUAAACCAGAAAGUAUUGAUAAACUUGAGUCAAAGACUAAAGAACUUGAUCAAAGAUUAUCAUCUCAAAUUUCGAAACUUCAAAAGCUAAAUAAUGUUGCAAAAGAUGAAUCAACAUCUGUAACACAGAGUGAUAUCGAUAGAGUUUGCACUGUAACAUCAAUCCUUCCUCAGAUUGAAAAUUCAAUUUUACAAUCUGCAACAAUUCUAUCACCAUACUUAUCAUCAAUUGAAAAGUAUACAAAUAAAGUUCAAGAUCAGAUCAAAACCGCUUUGAAUGGACAAACUGUUAAUUUUGAUCAAAUAUCGCAAUCCCAACUUGAAAAAGGAGAUCCAUUUACUAGAGAAACUGCUGAAAAGCAGUUAAACAAACUGAUCAAAGCAGAAAGAUCUAGAGGAAAUACAUCAGAUCUUAACUUUCUUUCAAAUUCAAUUGAAAAAAUUUCAAAAUCUUUUGAUAAAUUUGAAGGUUUGCAUGCAAAAGUUGACGAACUUCAGAGAAUGCAAAAGGUGUUAAACAGAAAGGCUAAUGAAACAACUACUAAAUUACCAAAGUUCGCUCCAGAAGAUGCAUCAGCUAAUGCAAAAUCCAUUCCAAAUUUGGAAUCAAAACUUAAUUCUUUGAAAAAGAAAUUGAAUAAAUAA